AUGGCAGUGACCGAGAGUGGACCUAUGUUUUUGAAGGCGGUUGACUGUUCUGGUGAAAUCAUAGAUAAGUAUUUUAUCUUUGGUUUGAUGAAAGAAGUGAUUGAAGAAGUUGGUUCUCAAAAUGUGGUUCAAGUGAUCACAAACAAUGCUAAAAACUGUGCAGGUGUAGGGCUUCUCAUUGAAGGAUUGUAUCCUAACAUUGUAUGGACACCAUGUGUGGUCCAUACACUCAACCUUGCAUUGCAAAAUAUUUGUAUGGCAAAGAAUUUGGAGAAUAAUCAAGUUACAUACGAUCAAUGUUGUUGGAUCACAAUUCUUUCAGAUGAUGUUGUGUUUAUCAAGAACUUUAUCAUGAACCAUUCCAUGAGGUUAGCUAUUUUCAAUGAGUAUGUACCUUUGAAGUUGCUAUCAAUUGCUAGUACUCGAUUUGCUUCUGUGCUUGUGAUGUUGAAGAGAUUCAAGCUUAUAAAAGGAAGUCUUCAAGCCAUGGUGAUUAGUGAGCAGUGGAAUUCUUAUAGAGAGGAUGAUGCGGGUAAGGCUAAAUUUGUGAAAGAGAAGGUGCUAGAUGACAUUUGGUGGGACUUGAUUGAUUAUGUACUUUCCUUUACAGCUCCUAUAUAUGAUAUGCUUAGAGCUUGUGAUACGGACAAGCCUUGUCUUCACUUGGUCUAUGACAUGUGGGAUUCAAUGAUAGAAAAUGUGAGAUUUGCAAUAUAUAGGCAUGAAGGGAAGCGAGUUGAUGAGACACCAAACUUUUAUAACGUGGUGCAUGAAAUUCUUAGAGUUAAAACUAAAUCCUAUUUUUAUUUCUAUUAUUUAAGGUAUAAUAGUGACCAAUGGCUUCAAGAAGAUCCUACUCAUGUACCUCCACAUAGAGAUGUAGAAGUUGCUAGAGAAAGAAUGAAAUGUUUGAAGAAGUAUUUCUCCAAUGCCGAAGAGAGGACAACGGUUACAAUGGAGUUUGCAAAUUUUUCAAGCAUGGCGGGAGAUUAUCAAGAUUUUGAUUCCAUGUACGAUCGUUAUGGUAUGGAUGCUAAGAGUUGGAAUAAGACGACACCAAAAUGUGCUGAAGAUUUGGUUUUCAUUCAUAGCAAUCUCCGUCUUUUAUCAAGAAAAACUUCACAAUAUAUGAAAGGAGAAACCAAAAUGUGGGACAUUGCUAGAGAUGACUUUGGUACAUUUGAGGAUGUUGGAGACUUAGAGAUUGCAAGUCUCUCCCUUGAUGAGCCAAACUUGGAGUCCGUGAUCUUUACUGAUAAGUCCGUGAUCUUUACUGAUGAUGGUGAUGGUGUGGGAGAGGGUGAUGGUGUGGGAGAGGGUGAUGAUGAUGAGGCAAUGGAAGUUUGA